AUGAUGAACUCUUCCCAGCCUUCGGGCCGGCAUGUCCUAACAAAGAGAAACCUCCUGGUAUCCUGCGUCCUGGGUCUCUUUUUCCUUGCCAUUGGGAUGAACCUCCGAGGAGAAUCCGGAUCUGGACACAACCAGAAGAUGUCCAAGCGCGACACCACUAGUACUGACGAUACCGAUAUCUGGCAACCAGAAGCGGGAGUCAAAUGGCAAAUCCAACUUGUGGACCCCAUCGAAGACACCACCGUCGAUGCCGACAUCUGGGACAUCGACCUCUUCGAGAACACCGCUGAAACAAUCACCACUCUCAAGGACAAUGGCCACAAGGUUAUUUGCUACUUCUCGGCCGGCACGUACGAGGACUGGCGCCCCGAUAUUAACAAGUUCGAUCCCGAAGACUUUGGCAGCAACCUCGAUGAAUGGCCAGGCGAGCGAUGGCUCGAUAUCACGUCAGACAAGGUCCGCGCGAUUAUGAGCUUGCGGCUAGAUAUUGCAAAGGAUAAAGGUUGCGACGGUGUUGACCCGGACAAUAUCGAUGCAUAUGGAAAUGAGAAUGGCCUUGGGUUGACUGAAGCGGACUCAAUUGAUUUUUUGACUUUCCUAGCGAAGGAGUCGCAUUCCCGUGGCAUGGCUAUCGGGUUGAAGAAUGGAGGUGAUAUAAUCGGCUCCGUUAUUGAUAUAAUGCAGUGGUCGAUCAAUGAGCAGUGUGCGGAGUAUAAUGAGUGUGAAGUCUAUGCUGCAUUCACCGAAGUCAAUAAGCCUGUUUUCCAUAUUGAAUAUUCCGGGGAGUCUCUUGCGACUCGGGACUAUGAUGAUACUACUGGCCUAACUAGCGAGGCUCCCACCGGUAGCGGGGGUACCGUUGCUGACAGUACUGCACCGGAGGGCUCCGAUGACGCCACCCUUAACCAGGCUGGCCCCCUUGAAUACAUUGACCCGAAGGAUGGUGCUACUGGCGCAACCACUGAGGCCCCCACCGGUAGCAGCGUUGACCCCAAGGAUGGUACUACCACCGGCAGCGGCGAUGUCAGCCCCAAGGAGGAUACUACUGGCGCAACCACCGAGGCCCCCACUGGCAACGGCGUUGACCCCAAGGAUGGUACUACCACCGGCAGCGGCGACGUCAGCCCCAAAGAGGAUACUACUGGCGCAACCACCGAGGCCCCCACUGGCAACGGCGGCACGACUGGUGAUAGUGUUGCGCCUGAGGGCUCCGAUAAUAUCACCGGCAGCGGCGAGGCUGACCCCAAGGAGGGUACUACCACCAGCAGCAGCGUUGACCCCAAGGAGGGUACUACUGGUGCAACCACCGAGGCCCCCACUGGCAGCAGCGGCACUGCUGGUGAUAGCAUUGCGCCUGAGGGCUCCGACGAUACCACUCUUAACCAGGCUGGGCCCCUUGAAUACGUUGACCCGAAAGAGGGUACUACUGGUGCAACCACCGAGGCCCCCACCGGCAGCAGCGGCACUGCUGGUGAUAGCAUUGCGCCUGAGGGCUCCGAUGAUACCACUCUUAACCAGGCUGGGCCCCUUGAAUACGUUGACCCGAAAGAGGGUACCACUGGCACCACUUCAGGCUCUGACAAUACUUCAGCCAGCCUCGCUGCCCCAAUUGAGUAUCUUGACCUCAAAGUCUCUGAUGAUACUUCAAGUCCCGCUAUCAAGACACCCAUUGGUAGCGAGGCUACGGCAACUGAAACUGUCCCUACAGCUAGCACAGAUGCAGAUACCACCAAUUCUAGCAGCGUCAGUUGUUCAACCGGCACUAGCACUGACACUUGUGCUGACAUCAAUGCCGAUGACACCAAGGAAAAACACCUAUGUGGACACGGUUGCUACAAGGUUCGCCGCACCAGAGGCAUUCUCUCCUCCAAGCUGAAGACAUCGGCCUGCAAUGCAGCCAACACCAACAAGUUUUCGACUGUCAUCAAGAACAUGAACCUCGAUACCUGGGUUGAAUAUUGUUAG